GUGCGCACUAGCAGCUGCUCACUCGUGCGCCUCUAAUCCACUUUUGAUGAACUCUCCAAACUCUUCGAAUGGACCUCCCGCCGGGCGGCCACCCUCCGGCUGUUGACCCGCACACGCCUACCACGCGCAUAAAUGGCGAGAAGGCACAUGCCUGUCACACUCCUCCGGAAGUUGAUGACAAUCUCGGGUCGGAGGAGAGAUGCCUCCACGCAGAAGCCUCUUCAUGCCUUUCAUCUCGGUGUUCCCGGAGGAACUCCAAGCAGUCCACCGUGACCUGAAUGAGGUGCGAGCUAAAGCCGAGGAAGAGUCCGCGUGGCCCCCUUGCACCAUCGUGCAGUUGCGGCUCAGCCCGGGCUCGAUCCACCUGCAACCGGACGCGCCAGCCUUGGAGCGGGCUCAGAGACGCAGGCGCCUUGCCGCUAACGCCCGGGAGAGGCGGCGGAUGCUCGGGCUCAACGUGGCCUUCGACCGACUGCGCAGCGUCAUCCCUCAGCUGGAAAGCGACAAGAAACUGUCCAAGUCUGAGACGCUCCAGAUGGCCCAGAUCUACAUCGCCACGCUCAGCGAGCUGCUGCACGAAGCGCCGGAGGAGACGGGGGGCGAUGGGGAGGAUCUCCGAGGGUCACCGCCCCGGGAAGAGGCGCCCAGGUCUGGCUCGUAUAGGCGAGAUGCUGCAGAGCUGGUGUGAGGACCACAUGUAUAGAACCGGCUGAACUGAUAAUGACUUUUUGAGCUAUUGGUUCCUCCUGUUACUAUGUUACAAUUUUGUUUAAAAAAAAAUCAAUUAUGUUUUUAAUUAAUGUCUGAUUCAGUGCUUCUCUACAAAUUGUGAUUCAUUUUCUCCUGUUCACCAGCAUUUUGCCUUUUUUUUCCCUUUUAUGUUGCAAAACACAGGCAAGGAGAUCGACUGUCACCGAUGCAUUUUUAGAUUAUUGAACAGGAUUGUCAAAUGUAUUCACGUUCAAAAUGAAAACACUCAAAAGGAGCAGAGAUCAACAUGGAACUGCGUGAAUGCUGACAGUGAUGUCACUCACUAGGCCACAGUACUUUAGAUCAAAUUACACAA